AUGGUUCUGGAGGCUACUAUGAUCAUAAUCGACAAUAGCGAAAGUAGUAGAAAUGGAGACUAUUCACCAACCCGUUUCGGAGCUCAAGCUGAUGCUGUCACACUCAUUUUUGAGGCCAAAACCCAAGCAAAUCCUGAAUCUUCAGUCGGACUGAUGACGAUGGGUGGAAAAGGCCCGGAGAUAAAAGGAGGAACUCAUUUGACUACUGGGAUUCAGGUAGCAGGGCUUGCGCUGAAGCACCGCCAAAACAAAUCGCAACGUCAACGUAUCAUUGUUUUUGUCGGAUCGCCCAUCACCGAAGAUGAAAAGACACUUGUCAAGCUUGCCAAGAAGAUGAAAAAGAACAAUAUUGCGAUAGACUUUAUCAACUUUGGAGAGGUCGAUUCAGAAAAUACCACCAAACUUCAAGCCUUCGUUGAUGCCAUCAACUCUAAUGAUAAUUCUCACCUCGCUACAAUUCCUCCGGGACCUCAUCUUCUCUCGGACCUUCUUGUUACUACUCCGAUCUUGGGCGAAGCCGGAAGUGCGCAAUCCGGUGGCGUGGGUGGUGAAGGUUCUGGUUCCGGAGAAGGUGCUGGGGCGUUUGAGUUUGGAGUUGAUCCUAGCUUGGAUCCAGAACUGGCUCUGGCGCUUAGAAUGUCUAUGGAAGAGGAAAAGGCUAGGCUAGCAAAAGAAGAGAAAGAGAAGGCAGAUAAAGAGAAGAAGGAAGGCGAAGGCUCGGGGUUAUCGGGAAUCAAAGAAGAGGAUGAGAGCACACCCUUGUUGAAGGACGACGAGAAAGACGACGGUGAAGGUUCGAGUGGGAAUAAGAAAGAUGACGAUAGAAUGGAUAUCGCAUGA